AUGGAUAUUCCCAUAUCAAACCAUUCAUCUCGCCACAUCUCUCCAAUUGAUAAUUCAAGCGGAGACUCAAAUGGCGACUAUUUGAAUUCUCCUGUCUCACAGAAAAUGCUUAAACAGCUAACUUAUUUUUUGGAAGAAAUAUAUUCUCACAUUAAUCGAAAAAUUUCGAGAGAAAAGCUUAAAAAGGUUCUAGAGGGAGGAGAGGAGCUUAAAGAAGGCAGAUAUUUAAUCGUUAGAAUGAUUGGAAAAGGCUCAUUUGGAAACGUUGUAGAAGCUUAUGACAAACUUCGUGAAGAAAAAGUCGCAAUAAAAAUUAUCAAAAAGAAGCCAUCAUAUAGAGGACAAGUUUUGAGAGAAAUAAAUACCCUGAAAAAGCUGAAUGAGUAUGAUCAGGAAAAAGGCUACAUUGUAAGAAUGCUUGAUUAUUUCGAAUGAAAUGGCCACACAUGUAUCGUUUUUGAAUAUUUGUCAAAAACUUUAUUUCAGCUGUUAAGAGAUACUAAUUUUAAAGGCCUUGAUUUAUCAACUGUAAGGCAGUUUGCUUGGCAGUUGAUAAUGGCUUUGUGUUUACUUUCCAAAGGAAAUUUAAAAAUUGUGCACUGCGAUUUGAAGCCAGAAAAUAUCAUGCUUAAACACCCAGAAAGAAUUGGUAUAAAACUUGUGGACUUUGGAAGCUCCUGUGAAGAAGGAAGGCAGUAUUACAAAUAUGUCCAAAGUAUGUAUUAUAGAGCCCCAGAAGUUCUAUUAGGAAGAGAUUAUGGGCAUCCGAUUGAUAUGUGAAGUGUAGGAUGUAUCAUUGCAGAAUUAUUAAUAGGAAGACCUUUAUUUUAUGGACACAGCGAAACAGAUCAGAUGGUAAAUGAUAUUUAGGCAAAAAUCGUUGAAAUACUUGGAGACCCACCAAUUACAAUGCUAAUUAGAAGCUCGAGGAUUAAAAAAUACUUUGAUGCAUCAAGGAUGCCCUUUAAGCUGAAAACUCCUCCUAUUCAUAAAGAUUUAAAUAAAAAAUAUCCAAGAUCUCUAGCUGAAGCAAUUGGGAUGGAAAACAUUCAAAAAGAUACAGAAAAAUACAAAAACUUUCUUGAUUUAUUAGGGAAAAUGCUUAAAUAUAAUCCAGAUGAAAGAAUUAAGCCAACAGAAGCAAGAGAGCACCAGUUCUUUAAAGAUGUAAGAUAUAUUCAGGGAAACACUGAAGGCUCUGUCAAAUUUCAGGCACCUCCCCAAAAAGUGCACGAAAAUUCAUCUAGAUCUCAUCAACGGUCCAAUAUUUUCAGCAGCGAAGUUCCGUGGCCAACCACAAAUAUUCCAUGCGCUUAUGCCCCUCGUAAGCAUGAAAAAAAGCUAAAACCCUCAAUAAAGCCAAUAUGCACAAGUAUUUUUACAUCAAAUCAGGAGUCUUUGCAUGACACUUCUCCAUACUCAAAACAGUCCACAAAUGAGUCUCAAACGAGCUCUUUAUAUCAUUCACCAUUUAGAGGUUUAUCUAGCGCCGAAGAGAUUGAUAUGAAUAUAUACAGUGCUUUAAUUUCAGGUAGGUUUAAUAUUCGCCCAGCUUCCCAUGAGUCAAGGUCCAAUCAAGAAGCCUUUAUUCCUUGUAAAUUAAAUGUAACCCCAAAGAUUUAA